UUUUCAGAGAGUUCCAGCAGUACCAGACUCCUCGGAAGGAGAACCCCGUCGCCAGUUUGAACAAGCUCAUGGGUAUGGCCAACAUGAUGCGGCAAGGGGGCGGAGCCACGGUAAACGACCAGUUCGUGUUCGCCCGACUUAUCGAUUCGCUGCCCAACCCCGAAUACGAAGUCACCAAGCAAACCUUGUCGGUGGUCCAACCGCUGACGAGGGAUAUCCUUGUACAACAGCUCUCAACCCGAUUUAACCUUCUCACCGAGGAAUGGAGGAAGGAAGGAGAAAAAGGAUCCGGGGGGGAGCAGGCGUACAUUGCGGGUGACGGCACCGGGAAGGGGCGGCAGGCUGGCGGCGGCCGCGGCAGUAAGAGCAACGGCCGUGGCAGCAAGAAGAAGGCGGGGACGGACGACCGGGUCGACCACCGGAGGUGUUUCCGGUGCAACCACCGCGGGCAUAGGAAGCCCGACUGCACCACGAAGGAGGAGGACUUCCUGGAGCAGUGCGACACGUGUUCGGGCUUUGGGCACAACAGCGAGAAGUGUGCGACACCCACGGAGGAAGCGUGCAUGGCGGUAGUGGAGCAUGCCAACUUCGCGGUGGUGAGUUUCGAAGAGCAGUACGACCGCGCGGAGGAACUGUGCAAGAUGGAUCCUAGUUGGGAGAAGCUGACCGAAGACGAGAAGGAAGCAAAGGUGCAGGAAGUGAUAACUGAAAGUUUCUAGGGUGGACAGGUGGUGUUGCUAAUACGGUACGGCAGGUUGGCCGUAGGCCCUCAGCGCCGCUGAUUUGCGGUGGGGGGGCCGGACGAAGUCGCGCGGAGGUGGCGCGCAAGCACAGCAUGGACAGAGGGGCCAUGAAAGUCGCACAAUUGACGGUGCGCACUCCAUCUGCGGGAUAGGAGGCGGUGGAAAGCAGGGACGGUAGAGUGACCGUUGGGCAGAAUAGCCGGAGACACCCUACCAUGGAUUGACCGCGCGACGGCGUGUGGGGGGUGGGCGCCGCACUCGCUUGACGCGGACGGUGUUUUCUCUAAGUUGAUCACAGGCACGGCAGAGUGGCCGUGCUCGCCCUACCACGGUUGACACGCGCGACGGCGCGUCGGGGGGUGGGUGCCGUAUCACGCGUGAAGCGGACGGCAUUUUUCAACCACAGCACGGACGGAAGGGCCGUGGCUGUCCUGCCUUGCCGUUUGGAGCCGGGGGGGUAGCACUUGNACGGUGUUUUCUCUAAGUUGAUCACAGGCACGGCAGAGUGGCCGUGCUCGCCCUACCACGGUUGACACGCGCGACGGCGCGUCGGGGGGUGGGUGCCGUAUCACGCGUGAAGCGGACGGCAUUUUUCAACCACAGCACGGACGGAAGGGCCGUGGCUGUCCUGCCUUGCCGUUUGGAGCCGGGGGGGUAGCACUUGAAGUCGCGCGAAGAUGGCGCACAACCCAGCACGGACGGACGGGCCGUGGCUGCUCUGCCUCGUCGUCGGAGCGGGGGGGGGCAGCAUGUUUUGUCGCGCGGAGGUGGCGCGCAACCAUCAGCCGGAGGUGGGCAUUUGGGGUGGAGCACAGCGAUAUGGCGGUGUCAUCAAAGUCGCGUGGAGAGUCUCCGCGCGCAUUUCAUAAGCCGGGAAGGGACGAUGGAGAUCGGGAUCUGCAGGAUCGACUUGUGGACGAUCGAGGGCGCGCUUCAUCUUCACGAUUGGAACUGGUUGAGUUGACGGGCAAGCUUGAUAAUUUUUUUUCUUGUGUUUUCCUUUUUUCGACGCCAGUUUACGGGUGUCGGUGAAAUCCGAAUUUUUCAAGUGUUCUUGAUCUUGUUUCGUUCUUUUUUGUCGUUUCUUUUGACGGUAAUUUUUUGGUUGCCGAAUCCAGUGGUAAUUCUCACGUAUACGUGUUGUCGUNUGAGUUGACGGGCAAGCUUGAUAAUUUUUUUUCUUGUGUUUUCCUUUUUUCGACGCCAGUUUACGGGUGUCGGUGAAAUCCGAAUUUUUCAAGUGUUCUUGAUCUUGUUUCGUUCUUUUUUGUCGUUUCUUUUGACGGUAAUUUUUUGGUUGCCGAAUCCAGUGGUAAUUCUCACGUAUACGUGUUGUCGUUAUACAUCGUGAUGUACGCCUUGCGCUUCUUGACCAUUUUUUGUUCGGUAGUGUUAUAUACGACACCGGUGUCGUACUUCCUUAUAUACGACACCUACCAUUUCUUGGCCCACAGGGCUCCAAUCGGCGUACAACAAAAUGCGCUGUGUAGCCACGGCCCGCAGCUAUCAGCCCAUACCAUUUUGGGUCAAAUCAGCCAAGUGGUUGAAGAGUAUAUAAGCUUAUCUACUCAUCGCGAGUUUACGUGCGAUCAGGCGAUGUCUGUGCAAGGAGUUAUGACCGGAACGUCGCUGACACCCCCCCGGUAAGUUGCGGAGCCCCCUAUUUUCGGAGCCCCCUAUUUUCGGCUCUUUCUCCGCAACCACUUGGCCGGUUUGACCCAAAAUGGUAUGGGCUGAUAGCUGCGGGCCGUGGCUACACAGCGCAUUUUGUUGUACGCCGAUUGGAGCCCUGUGGGCCAAGAAAUGGUAGGUGUCGUAUAUAAGGAAGUACGACACCGGUGUCGUAUA